AGAGCUGCCACUAACAGCAGGCUCAGGCACUGGGCUCCCAGCUGGGCACUGCUCCAUGGCCAUGGAGAUAGACAGCAGGCCUGGGGGGCUCCCCAGCAGUGGCUGCAACCUAGGUGCAGCUCUAGAACACAUGCAGGCGGUCACCCGAAACUACAUCACCCACCCCCGUGUCACCUACAGGACUGUGUGCAGCGUGAACGGGCCCCUGGUGGUGCUGGACCGGGUCAAGUUUGCCCAGUAUGCGGAGAUCGUCCACUUCACCCUCCCAGAUGGGACUCAGAGGAGCGGGCAGGUGCUUGAGGUGGCUGGCACCAAGGCGAUUGUUCAGGUGUUUGAAGGGACAUCAGGGAUCGAUGCCAGGAAGACCACUUGCGAAUUUACAGGGGACAUCCUACGAACUCCGGUGUCGGAGGACAUGCUGGGUCGGGUUUUCAAUGGCUCCGGCAAGCCCAUUGACAAGGGGCCAGUGGUCAUGGCAGAGGACUUUCUGGAUAUCAAUGGCCAGCCCAUCAACCCACACUCCCGCAUCUACCCCGAGGAGAUGAUUCAGACGGGCAUUUCUCCUAUUGACGUCAUGAACAGCAUUGCCCGUGGCCAGAAGAUCCCCAUCUUCUCAGCAGCCGGUCUCCCCCACAAUGAGAUUGCCGCUCAGAUCUGCCGCCAGGCGGGGCUGGUGAAGAAGUCCAAGGCUGUGCUGGAUUAUCAUGACGACAACUUUGCCAUCGUCUUUGCAGCCAUGGGGGUGAACAUGGAGACAGCUAGAUUCUUCAAGUCUGACUUUGAGCAGAAUGGAACCAUGGGGAACGUCUGCCUCUUUCUGAACUUGGCCAAUGACCCCACGAUCGAGCGGAUCAUCACCCCGCGCCUGGCGCUGACCACUGCUGAAUUCCUUGCCUACCAGUGUGAGAAGCAUGUGCUGGUCAUACUGACGGACAUGAGUUCCUAUGCAGAGGCCUUGCGGGAGGUCUCUGCUGCUAGAGAGGAGGUGCCUGGGCGCCGAGGGUUUCCUGGAUAUAUGUACACAGACCUGGCCACCAUCUACGAGCGGGCGGGCCGCGUGGAGGGUCGGGGAGGAUCCAUCACGCAGAUCCCCAUCCUCACCAUGCCCAAUGACGAUAUCACCCACCCCAUCCCAGACUUGACGGGCUUCAUCACAGAGGGACAGAUCUACGUGGACAGACAGCUUCACAACAGACAGAUCUACCCCCCCAUCAACGUGCUCCCUUCCCUGUCGCGGCUGAUGAAGUCAGCCAUUGGGGAAGGCAUGACAAGAAAGGACCAUGGGGAUGUCUCCAACCAGCUGUACGCCUGCUAUGCCAUCGGGAAGGACGUGCAGGCCAUGAAGGCAGUAGUUGGGGAGGAGGCGCUCACCUCUGAGGACCUGCUCUACCUGGAAUUCCUGCAGAAGUUUGAGAAGAACUUCAUCAACCAGGGCCCCUACGAGAACCGCUCGGUGUUCGAGUCGUUGGACCUGGGCUGGAAGCUGCUGCGCAUCUUCCCCAAGGAGAUGCUGAAGCGCAUUCCGCAGGCCGUGAUCGACGAGUUCUACUCCCGCGAGGGGGCGCUGCAGGACCUCGCGCCUGACACUGCGCUCUAGCCCCGCUCGCCGUGGCACCCCAACACCGGCAGGGAACCUGCCCCGGGCUCCCGGGUCUCCCCUCCCUCGCCACCCAACCAGAGGCUUCUGCGCCGCCCUCCGCCCUCCGCUGGCUCCGAGGUGGUGGGGUUGCCGCACGCUCCAUCCCUUUACCUCGCUCGGUUCCUUUUCCCGCUCUCCAUGCCUCUCCCUCGACUCCCGGUGCUGCGGAAGAACCGAAGGUUGCGGUGCCUUGCUCUGACGGGAGCAUCUGUAUUUUUAUGUUAAAAGCCCACAAAAUAAAAAUAAAAGGUAACUGAGAUGAAUUUA